AUGAGGCGCGGCAGCAGCAACAGCGACAACCAAGGGAACAGCGUUCCCCUGUUUGUUGCCGAGGCUCCGCAGUUUAACGGAGAAGCGGACGCACCAAAAAGCCUUUGGAGACUUCUUGCUUCUGCCUUGUGGCCUGCAAGUCGUUGUCUGAAGGCGAGGGUUGUGGGUGCAGUGGCCUCUCUUUUGGUUGCGAAAUGUCUCACCAUUGCAGCUCCUGUGGCCUUGGCGAGUCUCGUAGACCACUUCACACAGACAGCUGCAGCAGAAGCCACUCAAGCCGCAGCAGGAGCAGCAGCUGCUGCUCCUGCUGCUGUUGCUGACGCCGCAGUGGGGACUACAGGAACGACCUUCCCCGGGGUCUGGCUGCACCCCGCGCUUCCGGUUGGGCUAGUCAUGAGCUACCCUUUGGCCAGACUGGGGGCCUCAGCGUUCACGGAGUUGCGCACUGCGCUUUUCACUCGGGUGUCUCAGAGGGCCUCGCGAGAGUUGGCUGCCACGGCCUUUGCCCACAUGCAUGCCACUUCUUUCAGCAGCAACAACAAGGUAUUGGUUGUGGGCGAGCUAACGGCUGUCUUGACUCGAGGGACGAAGGCGAUUUCGCUGCUUCUGAAUGUUCUGUUGUUUCAGGUGGUGCCCACAAGUUUGGAGUUUUUGAUGGUGUUGGUCCUCUUGAAGCUGCGAGUUGGUUGGACUGUAGCCGCAACUGCCGUGGUCACCAUAUCGGCGUACUGGGCUUUCACAGCCGUCGUCACCACCCGCAGGGCCAAAUUGAGACGCGAGAUGAAUCGCCUAGAGGGGCUCAGCGCUGGGCUUCUGGUGGACUCGCUGGGCAACGCGGAGGUGGUGCGCUACUUUACGGCGGAGGCGCAGGAGGCGGAGCGUUUUGGGGCAGUGCAGCGUCAGCUGGAGAAUCAAAUGACGAAAGUGAAUGAGUCACUGGCCCUCCUCAACUUCGGGCAGCAGCUCAUCUUCACCGGCGGCCUCGCUCUCGCCCUCUUGCACACUGCCAACCUCGUCGCCGCAGGGGCCGCCCCUGUCGGCCAAAUCGUUCUCGUCAGCACGUUGCUCCUGCAGCUGGCCAUACCUCUUAACUUUAUUGGGACUGCCUACAGAGAACUGACGGUUAAUACUAUAGACUUGGAGAAGCUACUGGAGGUGCUGCAGUUGCAGCCGCUCGUGCAGGACCCUCCGAACCCGGUUGCCUUUCAGAUGCGAGGCGGUGCUGUGGAGUUCAAGGACGUAAAAUUCGCCUAUCCCCCCUCCCACUCUUUGGAUCAGCUGCCUGUACACCCGGUGCCUCAAAGGCGGGAAUUGCGAGAAAAACAGGACCCCACAGCUGCGAGCGGUGUAGGCAAGCUGGUCUUAGAUGGAUUUUCGCUUCAAGUGCCAGCCGGCAGCCGAGUGGCCUUGGUAGGGGAGUCGGGCUCAGGCAAGACAACGCUGAUUCGCCUGUUGUAUCGUCUGGCGGACCCUCUUAGCGGCGUCGUGUCGAUAGACGGGCAGGACCUCAGGACUCUCCCUAUUAUGUCAUUUAGGCAGCGCAUUGGGGUGGUCCCCCAAGACGUUGCUCUCUUCAACGAGUCCCUUGGGUUUAACCUACGUUACGGAAGCCCACACGCCACAGACGAACAAGUCAAGGAGGCCAUCCGCAUGGCGGAGCUGACAGAAUUGGUGGAGUCGCUUCCCGAUGGGCUCAACACGCCCGUGGGGGACCGCGGCCUUCGGCUAAGCGGAGGGGAGAAGCAGCGUGUGGGAAUCGCGCGGUGUCUGCUACGCAACCCGGAGAUCGUUUUGUUUGACGAGGCGACGAGCGCCCUGGACCUCCACACCGAGCACAAGAUCCUUAAGGCUCUGCAAGCGAUUUCCCGUGGCCGCACUACUCUUGUGAUUGCCCAUCGCCUCUCCACAGUUGCGGGGGCUGACACAAUCGCUGUGCUCGACAGAGGCAAAGUCGCGGAGAUCGGAACGCAUCAGCAACUGCUGCAGAAGCCCAACGGGUUGUACGCGUCGAUGUGGGCCCGACAGUUCGAAUUGCUUGUCUUGUGCUGGCAGCAAGAGGGCCAAACGGGGGAAACCUUAAGCUCCAAUGAUUGA